UAAUCUUUAAUUGCUCAAACUAAACUUGGUAAGGAGGUAAUAUUUGCACAUACCUGGAUUGGUUUUAUUAGCAAGUAUUAAACCCCUUAACGGCUUUUGCCAAUUCAAUUCAUCACUGUCAUAUGACAAAAAAAAACUGCUGACGAGUUAAUCCGUUGUAAAACAAUGACUUAUUUAUAUCUGUGACGGGCGGCAAUUCGAGUAGCAGGAAAAUUAUUAGCAGUACGUAGUUUUACUGUUUUGCCGUUUGAUGAUUUUGGCAUGCUGAUUGGCUUACAUUGAGAUGUGUAGUUUGCUCUAAGCAUAACAUGUGCCGAGAAUUGAGUUACCAGUGCAACGAUUGCAAUGUAGGCAGCUCCUUACUUCAAGGUUUCCCAUUCCAAAAAGAUCUACUAAAACCAGUAUUUAAAAAACAGGUAUAUGGUAAAUAAUGUGUAAAAGUGUUCUAACGAUGUAAUGGGAGCUUAGGUAUGAGAGAUACUUCGACUCAGAUUAACCGAUGCAAUCCAGAUUGCAAAUUUCUUGUAUGUUUGGUAUCUGCAUAUAGUUUAUUUUAAUUUCUGGAUAUUUUCAACAAGAUAUACAUGGAAUACUCUGUUUAUGUUUAUUUUAUGGAAGAUUUACAUAUAAUGAUAAAAAUAAGUAACCGUAAGACUUUUUACCCAAAAAGUGCAUCUCUACGCUUUCAAAGCAUUAUUUUGAGACUGACCACAGAGAGAGAGAGAUGUCACAAAUGAUGAAAUCAAAUCAUUUUAUGCAUUAAGAGUACUAUUUAAACACUGCCAUUAAAUCAAAGUUAACAAAAAACUGUUCAUGUGAGGGCCUGGAAAUGGGCUUCUCUAAGGUUUUUGUGGACAUUUUUUUUAUUUUUGUACCGAUUACAGUAUGUGUUUGAGAAUAUUCAUAUAGUUGCUUACUAUUAAGUUAUUUACUAUAUUUUCUCUCUCUAUGUGCAUGUAGGAAACAUUGAGAUUGGUAGAAGAGCUAUUUUCAGAUUUAGUGCAAAUUUUGAAGUAACCUUUGUCCAAAAAAAGUGGUAAGAAACAACUCAAUUCUGAGCAACGAAUCCCCUUGUUGUAUUAACUUUCCAACCACAGAGUCAUCACACAAUUAGUCUUGUGCGAAUUAACCUUUGGGAUUUAUAAUGCAUCCCAAAUUUGAUAUUUUGAGUUCACAGAGAGCCACACAUGAAAUCUACCUUCCUUCAAACUGUUAUAGAAGAAAUAUACUGGUCAAGCUAAAGAAGUUAAUAGUUGACUGUAAGAAUUUGAAAACUCAAGUGGUAAAUAUUAUUGUUAUUAUUAUUAUUAUUAUAAAAUAAUUGACUAUUUGAAGAAAACAAAUCAUUUUAGCUGUAGUGGCAGAUACGAAAUGAUUAAAUCGUUAUGCAAAACGUUGCAGAACGUUUAAAAUAGGACUGAGAGUCUGAGCAUAUGGCCAUGAUGAAUAUAGCUGACACUGAACAUGCAUGCAAUUAAUAACUGUUUGGCAGUGAAAGGCUACAUGAAACUUAACAAAGAAUUCUAUCCAAGCAGCUUGUUGUUAUCUGUAUGAAUUGCUGUAUUUAUACACAGGAGAUUUCACUAUUAAGAACAUGAAUAUGCUACCAACAAUGUUCAAUGUUGUUCUCAAUAUUAUUAAAUUAUAUCCAAGGUGGUUUUUCUGCAAAAUGGAAUUAAAGUCAGUCCAAUAUUAGAAGGGUUCACAGACAGUUGUUUGGAAAAACAUUAAGGUUAUGUUCUCAGAUUAAUUAGACAUGUAAUAGGCUAUAUCUAUGGGAAGCUAUACACAUUUUAUUGUUCUCAUCACCAUCAUAGUUUACGUUCAGGGUCAAAAAGCAAAAGCUUUUUAUCAAACCAAACUAUACAAGCCUUAAACUUGUAUUCCAGACCUCUAAUUUUUAUUUACUGUCCAAAUGUAAGGCCGAUCUAUCUUUCUGUUGAUAUUUAAAAUGCACUUGGUGUUCAAAUGUUUAACUCUUUUUUAACAAUAAAUUUUAUUUGAUUGAUUUUAAAAUUAAUAAAGAUAACCACAACAAGUUUAAUUAUUAUCGAGUUUUAAAUAUUUUGCAUAUACACAUUGUUAUUAAUGAAUAACUCCUUUUAAGUAGAAUGUUUGAAAAUUACACCAUUUAAGAUCUUUAAGAACUUGAAUCUUUCAAUUACAAUUUAAGCAAACAAGUAUAGCUCUAAAUCAACAAAAAAGAUGUAAUUAUUACUGCCUGAUCAAAAAACUUAAACCAAUAAUUGUGAACCACUGUACUUUGUACCACAAAAUUGUAAAAUAAUAUUAUUAUCAAAUAGUUCUUUUUCAAUUAGUUAAUAAUUUCCAAAUUCAAUGUUUUUCAUGUUUACAAUACACUAAUAUAUUGAAGUAUUUAUUAUAUACACAAAUAUGUAUUUAUUAUUACAAUACACAUUUGCCUGAUUGUAUUGAAUUAACUGGUAACGUAUUAAUGCACUUAAUAAAACGUAUAAUAUUUAUCUCAAAUUUCGUUCAUUGUAUUAUCUUUUUAUUAAUAUUGUAUAGACUUGCUCAUAUCAUCAACUUAUUUACCAAACAUAUUAUAGGAGUAUGCCUAAAUCUACUUUCAGGACAGAUUUACUUUAGAAUGUUCUGCUCUUCAACAUUUCUUUACUGUAAAAUUACCAACAUUCAACUUGUAUCACAACAAAACAAAUUAUCAAAUUUCGGUAAUGUCAGCAUUGGACUGAAUGAACUAAAUAAAAAUAACCACCGACUGAAAUAGCACCUCACUGAGUAAUGGUAAAAAUAGCAUUAGAAGGUUGGCAGUAGUGGAACGAACAUCUACAAUGGUGAGAGUGUGUGUGAUAUCUAGAAAACAGAAACAUUGUGUAACUCGCUACAUAGAUUUAUUUUUCAUGUUAAUAAAUCUAGUACUCUGGAACAUGAUUACUCAGUUUUCGGAUCUUACUAAUUAAUCACAGUAUAAUCAGUGAGAUUUUACUGUUAGAAAUGAGACAGUUAGUUUUACUGACGGAAAAUUAGGAAUGUGUUAUUGGAAUGAAUUAUCAUAAUUAUCAGCUGAAGUAAGUUGUGGACAGAAGCAAUUCUAAUAAGUGAGUGACAAUCAUCAGUGGAUAUGAAGGAUGGAGCCUUUAACCAUCGUAACCCAGAGACCUCAAACGGAACUGACUAAUUUCCGGUGGGUUCAAGUGAUUAUGAUAUCUAAAAACCAAAAGCAUUGAUAAGCCACGCUACAGAUGUAUUUUUCACUCUAAAAGUAACACUAGUGGUGAAACAUCGGUUGAUCGGCUAUCUGUAACUUUGUGAUAACAGAAAAUUACAAAUGGAUUAUUAAAAUAUAUUAUUACACAAUAAUUAGUUGAGCUUAAUAGCACGAACUUAUACAAAAGUAUUUUUUUGUGUUAUUUACUCAAACUUUGGUGGACAUAAAGAAUGGAGCCGGUAACCAUUGUAACUCAGAGACCUCAAACGGAACUGACUAUUUUCCGGUGGGUUCAAGUGAUUGUGAUCAUCGUCGUUAUUGUCUGCAACGCAUAUUACCUUCAUGUUGUAAACACAAGAUAUGUGCCAGUGUCAUUGAGGUGUGAACAGGAGCUUCUCAACAAACUUGAAAAUGUUGCUGACUUCAAGAUUGGUGACGUACUAAUGGAGGAGUUCAGGUAUUCCCAAGGAACUUUUUGGCCUGAUACGAACACUGUUAAGGGAUGUCCUUGUCAUUUGAAAACUUGUGUCGUUAAGUGUUGUCCUUUUGAUGAGAGCUUUCACUCAAAAUCUAACCUAACUUGCUCUCCUGACAAUUCAACGACAGUGUAUUCCACGAUAUCGAACACAACAGUUUACAACAGGCUACGGGACGCUCGACGGGAAGCACUUCACAUUAAAAUGACCAAUCAGUCUGACUUUGUUGUGUUUAGUAAUACUAAGUGUUCGCAUGGUAAAACUGAAAGAACAAUCAUGUUCUAUGAAGAAGUAGAAGAAGCAGUUUUGAUUGAAGAUGGAACAGUACUAACUGGAGAUCUGACUUAUAUAGAUGUAGAUGAGUAUUGUAUUGAAUUACUUGAAGGGCAAAGCAGAAUAUUUCACUUGCAAUGUGUCGAGUACUACAAAUCUAUAGAAAACAUAGUAAGAGUAAUAUACGAAUUUAUUGAUCCCGAAGGAUGGUUUAUCUCCCAAGCAUGUUUAGUGAUAACGCUUCUUAUCUAUGUCACAUUACCACAACUUCGAAAUCUUCACGGAAAGUUGCUCAUAAGCUACUUAAUAUCUUUGGUUUUACUGAAUGCGGCUUUAUUCAUAGAAAUUAUCUUGCCCUAUCAAGUACCACAGAGAUUUUUACAGUUCUGUGUUCUGUCCAUACCGAGUUGGGUGACAGUGUUGUGUGUAGACUUGUGGCUUGUUUUCAGUCGGCCAUUACGAUUUCGCCAUGAUUCACGCUCUGGCUCUCGUCCUCAGUGGGGGAGGUUCCUGAUCUACUCUGCAUUUGGCUGGGGAAUUCCUCUUCUCUUCUGUACUUUUACGCAAGCUGUUGGUGUUAACCUUGGAAUUUCCGACUCCUGUCCCAAAUUUACAUUACAGAGAGAUCCUUGUUUCUUCAAUAAGAAUCGAAGUAUAAAAUUACUUCUAUCUUUCCCGACAUUAUUCAUGUUAGAAAUUAAUUUUUUACUAUUUCUCUCGCUCUUAUUUUACAUGCACAAUCAUUUUAACCAGAUAGAGAGCAUCUCUACAGAGUCCUCUCGGCGGCAUGCUCAGUUCGCUAGACAUAAUCUCCGCUUGUACAUCAAACUCGCUUUUAUCACUGGAGUCGACUGGCUGUUUAUACACAUUUGUAUCAGUGACAUAUUUAAUACUGAAAUAUCUAAAGUACUCGCUUUAAUCGUGUAUUACUGUCAGGGAUUUACUAUAUUUGUAAUUUUGAUUUGUAAUCAAUAUACCUGUAGACUUAUACGUAAAAGAUUGUGUCCAUUAAAAAAUGUACAUACUUAGAAUGACUUCUUUUUUGUCAAACUAGUGCUUUAUUAACCAUACUUAUAAGAACCAUUCUGACAUUACCUUUCUAUCUAAAUCAUAUAAAA